AAACCACGCUCUGUUGUCUCGUGUUGCCCGUCAAGAAUCCGGCAGUAAAGCUCGAGGGUGAAGUAUUUUAGUCGUAACAGGUGUCACAGACCAAGCGUGCCAGGUUUUCAACCUAUCAAAUUUUACAACCGGGCUGAACUUUCAUUCGAGGUUUUGAAAGCAACCAGAUGCUGUGUUUGAAGAUGGGAAGUGUUGCAUUUGCGCUUCUACGCUGCACGGUGGCAAUUUCAUGAGAUACUACUAUUUUCAAUGAUGAGCUUCCCUUUACUCAGUACUCGUAUCGUUCUCCGGCACUACCGUACGGUGUGAUCCAUCUAGCGCCUUAGAUAGUCAAUCAUAAUGAGACAAAAAGAUAUCGUCCAUUCUAUUUUCGAACGGAAGUUUGUUUCAACACGACUUCUACUCGUCGUCAGGUCAUCAUAAAGCAUCACGAAACUCCUGUAGUUCGCUACCGCACAACGACAAGGUUCAUCAACGAAUAUAACAGGAACAACAAAAAUGUUCGCGACUCGAAUGAAUCUUUACUUGACGUUUCUAGCUGUUACCGUCUCGUCGGUAUCCUCAUUUAGCAUCCCUGAUGUUCACCAUAUCCAAUCCACGACCGACACCAUUCUUCCCCAUGUCAGCAGCAUAUUGAAUACCCCAUCCAUUGUGCUAAAUCACAACGCCAUCGAUGCGACGGCUUUCGAUCCCAUCUCUGGAUACAAGGAGCUGCUCAAGACGAAUCCUUUGCCGACCAAAAUGGUGACUGGGGCCACCUUGGCAGUAUGUGGUGACGCCAUUGCACAGUCUCAGGACGUCGAUGUCGAGUACGACAAACGACGCGCGGCAUCCUUUGCUCUCUUUGACAUGGCCUAUCGUGCCCUGCAGCACUUUGCGUUUCCCGUCAUUGUUGCCUAUUGCCACGGACAAAUUCUCGGAUCGGUGGGGCCCUUGAACGUAUUCGAUUCUUCUCAGCUUGCAGCGAUGGAGCAAACGCUUGCUUCGCAACUCGGAAUUGUGCCAUUCCUCUACUAUCCCGCAUUCUUCACAAUAUCUUCUGCCAUACAAGGGUUGUCGGCAUCGGGGGCAUGGUCGCGGGCGGUGGAGAACUUUGUGCCGCUUAUGAAGCGGAAUCUUCUAUUUUGGAUCCCGGUUCAGUUCAUACAAUUUGGAUACAUACAAGAAGACCUUCAGGUGAGUUAACUGUCUAGUCCUUCGCAUUCCGUUGUUCUUCGUUACUGCUUUCCAGUAGUGCAUGACAUCAGUCGCCGGUUCGCAAGUUUGAAGAAUAAUUUGGGUGAAUCCUAUCGUCAGUAGAUUUUCCUUCCCUAGUGAUUCCUUCACUCACACUGCGAUGUUGUUUACUCUUGUUCUCUCGCGUGACAGAUACCAUUCUUGUCUUGCGCCGGCCUUGCAUGGACAUUUAUUCUGUCCGUUUACGCUGGUUCCGCCAAGAGCUACAGCCAGGAAGAUGAAAUCGAAAUACAGGAGUCGACAGUCAUAUCAUUGAGCAAUGCAACUGCUGCCGUUUACGACGAACAAGAAUCGCCAAGGUUGGCAGUUGUGGAAUCCGUUGCGAGGUGAUACUACUCGCUCGUUCAAAUAUUGUACACUACAUAAUACUUCAAAUAAUUUUGAAAUUCCAUUUUGUUUUAAUUGUUGUUCAUGGCUUCGAAAGUGGUGAAGGUAGUUGUUGUCUGACUGACGUUUAAUUAUCUAGGAUAGAAAUGGUUACCACCAGUCAGCAACAGUGCAGAUACUAAGCAUUCCAUGAUGUAACUUCCACUAAACGGAAGGUUAAGUU